CAAGUUAGAAAGGUCUGUCACUAAUUGGACUAUAAUGGCGUAAUACCGUAAACUGCAUUGAAUCGUGUUGGAGAUAACCGUGUGUUAGGUGUAUAUUCGGGCCAGUAUGAUGUCAUAGCUUGGAGAUAUAAUUUUAAAUGUGACGUUACAUUACUUCUACACCGAAAUCUUUUGAGUAAACACAUAUUCACAUUCCGUGCAAAUUUAUUAAUUAAGUGCAUUUACUACGUGUGUGAUUAUAUCAAUAAAAUGACUUAUUAUCAAACCAAAAACAUAGGCGUCGUGCCUCCACCACAUCUGUCGGACAAACUGCGGCUGUACCAUGUGAAUAUGAACCCUUACGGCCACAGGGUCCUGCUCAUCCUGGAAGCGAAGCGAGCCAAAUACGAGAUCUACAAGCUGGACCCACUGAAACUGCCGGAGUGGUUUAAAGAGAAAAACCCGAGACUAAAAAUCCCAGUGCUCGAGAUACCGACGGAGCAGGGCGACAAGUUUUUGUUUGAAAGCGUUGUUAUUUGUGAUUACUUGGACGAGAUGUAUACACGGAACCCCCUGCAUUCAACGGACCCGUACGUGAAGGCCCAAGACCGAUUGCUCAUUGAAAGAUUUAAUGAGCUAAUAAAGGGCAGUUUGGAGUGUUUCGACACUAACUUCGCAUUUGGCAGCGAACAGAUAAUUCAAACGUUGGAUAUAUUUGAGAAAGAGCUCGCUUCUAGAGGUACCAAUUAUUUCGGGGGUAACCGGCCAGGCAUGUUAGAUUACAUGAUAUGGCCGUGGAUAGAGCGGCUGUUGCUCCUGAGAUGCGUCAACGCCAAGAAAUUUGACAGCAAGCGUUCCCUCUUCCCGAACUUUGCAGACUGGAGUGAUCAAAUGCAGUUAGAUGACAUCGUAAAGAAACAUGCGCAUUCGCCGAUGGAGUAUUUUGAUUAUUAUAAAAAUGCGCGGGCGCAUUGCAUGGGUUAUUAUCUAUAGGGAAUAUACAUAGCACAAGAUUGGUUGUAAUGUCAACACUGGAGUUGCGUACAAUGAAGAGGGUCACUAUACUUAGAGAUGUGAAGAGAAAUUGGCGGCAGAUCUGAAUUUUUUUUUUUUUAAGUGAGCUGAGUAUAAAAUAUUAUUAUUUAGUAUUAAGUAUUAUGAAAAAUUUUUUUACCUAUUUGUAUGGAACUCGUUACCUUCGCAUAAAUAUGUUAUUAUGCAUUUUUUUUUAAUUUAAAUUUACUUAAAUAAGUAUAAGUCGUUAACACAUAGAGUAAAUGCCAUUUUAAUAGUUGAUAAUGUAAUGGUGAACCCGCGCUAUUGGUUUUGCUGGUAUCCCAAUAAACAAAUAACGGAUUGGGGUACCGGUAAACGAUUAUAGUUAAGAAUAAAGUCAUUCAAGUUAAAUCUUAUAUUUUUUCUAACGUUCAAGAAGCCAAAUUGCAGGUCAACUUGCUUUUUAAGUAUAUAAAUUAAUAAAAAAAAAGUAUGUUCUUUAUAAACCAAUUUUGUUUCUUUGAUGUUUUUUUUUUUCAGAGAUUAAAAAAAAUGGCAUAGAUAUGUUCUAAUAUAGGUAGCUCAAUGUUUAAAAUUAUUAUAGAUUUAUUAUUACCUAACGUUCGCUAGUGACGGGAAUGCGCGAAUGGGCUUAAGCACAAAUAAAAAAAGCUUGCUAAUUAGGUAUAUUCGCGUUUAUAUUAAUUUUAUAGUUUUAAAACAACGAACAGUUUUAUGUUCAAAUUUAAUUUUAAAAUAAAUAAAAUCGUAAAAAAAAAAAAACAAAUUAACGUUAUGAUCAUAAAUAUAUAAAGCGUUGUUAAAAGCAAAAUAAAAAAGUUUCUAUUCCAAGUACUAUUCUUAAUCUAUGGUUUCCACUCAUAACGUUCAAGUGAACUUUUUUAUUUUUUAAAUUUGCAUAAACAUCAAGCAACAGUAGAAACUUCAUAAGUAAAAAAAAAUACUAAAUACACCACACAAACUAUAAACUUUAAAUUUGAUACAAGAAAACUUAUCAAGAUUGUGCCUUAAUUAUUAUUUCAGUGUACUUAAUUUUUAGAUUUAGAUAUUUUAUAUAUUCAUAUAGAUAUUAGUUAUUAAGCAUUUCAAAUAUGCAUUUCUAUACGCAAUCAAUGUGGCUAAAAUGAAAAAAAAAUUACACCACAUUUUAUUUAAAUAUAGUACAUUGUCUAUGUGUAUAAAUUGAGUUAUCGAAAUACAGAGAUCUUAAAUUAAAUAAAAAAAAAAAAAGAUCUGCUUUUAUUAAUGUUAUUCUUUUCUAGUUUUUAAUUAAGUGUAUGUAUAUAUUUUUUAUUAUGUACUUAUGUAAGAAUUAUAACUAGUUAUACAAAGUGUAAUUGAAAUUGUAAUAUCUUUUUUAAGGGCGUGUCCACUAGCAACACUAAACAUUUAUCCAAGUAUGUAAGAUACAUAGACUAAAAAACCUAUGAAAAAUUUUAAAAUCUCUCAUAUUUACUAACUUGAUAGCAUAUGUAUGUGCUAUGUUAAUAUAAAAAGCUCAAUCAAAGUUUUCUAUCAUUUUUCGAUCUAUGUACUUUUGGUGAAAAUGUUCUGAUGGUCUACUAUGAAAUGUUUUUCGAAAUUUCGUGACCGAAUGAAACUCCAAAAUCAUGUUAAAAUUGCAUUAUAUCGUUUAAUAAUAUUAAAAAUGUUAAAAUAUCGUUCUUUUGGACUUUUAUGGUGCGAGUUGUGACGAACGAAAUGUUAAGUUCCUUUUACUGUACCGAUUUCGGUAUUUUUUUUUUA